AAAAUGCUGGCGACAGAGUUCAAUGACCUUGAAAGCGAGAUGAAGACUCAAAAGAGACACAAUGCCGUCAAAAUUAAGGACUUAACAAAACAGUUGCAAACGCUCAGUAAGAGGUUAAACAUCAGCCAGCCAGGCAAUCACAACAGCAGCGUUCAUUCCGAUGGUGUCGCCGGCGACGGUUGCGGUCGCGGUAGCCGCGUCAACCAAUCGGAUGACGUAAAUUUCUCGACUCCUCCCACAGUGCGCGUGGUUCAGGUGAACAAGCAGAUGUUGAUUGACAAGAUAGUAUCUCUGCAGAAAACCCUCGCCAAAAAGAACGAAAGGAUGGAGUUCCUAUACGAGCACAACAUCAAGCUGACUCAUGAAUUGGCCAACAAAGCCAAGAUAAUAAAGAACUACGUACUAAAAGAGGAAGCAGGUGUCAUGUCGACCAACCAAUCAGAUCGAUUAAAACUGCAGAUGACGAGACGUGGUGGCAUCAUGGCUUCUUUGUUCAGCUCUCAGCAGCAGGAUGAAGGUAUGACGGUUGACCUCGCUCUUGAGAUUUGCCACAAGCUCCAGUCAGUCCUUGAAGAUACGUUGCUCAAGAAUAUUGCUCUUAAGGAAAGCAUUGAAGUACUGGGUCAGCAGGUUGAGAAACUCACAAAGGAGAGCCAGGCCAAACAUCAACAAUGAUGAUGAUGAUGAUGAAGAAGACGAUGAUUAUGAUAUAAGGAUGAUGAUGAUGGUGAUGGUGGUGGUGAAGUUCGUGAAAGUGGUGAUGAUGACUAGCAUGUUCUAUGUUUCAUAUUAUCAUAUUUAUUUUCAGCUGCAAAUUUCGAUACAGAUUACCGUUUAUUCACUUCAUCUGGCUGCUUACCUCAAACUCAAACUUUAAUCGAGUUAAGGAAUGUAUUAAUGAAUGAAUAUGAAUGAAUGAAUGAAUGAAUGAAUGAACAAACGAAUGAAUGAAUGAAUAAAGUUAUCGAAUAAUAAUUAAACAGUUAAUAGACGGGCAUAUUAAUCCAACGCAUCCAUCUUUCCUGCAUUUGAUUUCCGACGGCAGCUGGCUGGUGGUGUUCCAUAAAUUUUAAUUUACUCCACACGUUCUUGUGUUCAUUAUUUAGUAUUCUUUGUUUGAAACACGCAACAUCCUAUAAUGUGGUGUGCCUGUGCGAGUUUGUUUGUGCUAAAAUACACACACACACACACAUAUAUAUAUAU